CCACCUGCACCCGCGUCUUUCUUUCGUUCAACAUCCCUAUUUUAUCUAUCCCACAAUUCAACAUCAACUACAUACAGCGUCAGCCUUUUUUAUUUGGCAAACAUUCUUCCUGUAGAACAGUAGCCCUAAGUAACCGUUACAACUUUUGAUAUUUUUGGAUUUGUCGUGUUACGCAAUUCGUCCUCUUUCACCUUUCAUCUGCUCUUUUUUAGUCUAUUAUAUAUUUAUCUUCAUGUUGACCUACUUCUCGCAUUUUCAGCUAUAGCCAAAACCAAAGUGGAAGUAUUUGGCCACAGUGACACGGAGGUGGAGAAGUGGCAGCUCUUGCGUAGACGGGCGACGCUUCUGCAUCGCUUUCCACGCUUGAAGAAUUGUUUCCCGUGGCUUUAGUCGAGUUCUCUGCCAAGCGAUUGGCCUCCACCUGUCGCUGUAUUUCUAGUGACUAGAAGCAAGAGUACCUUGUUUCUUGUUGUGGCAACAACUGUGGGAACGCGAGGGCAAGAAACUUUAUGCUAGCACCGCGCGACGCAGCCGCUGACUACGCAGUUGAUGACACCUGCGCCAUUUUGUACAUCUUCUUGGUUUCCGUCUUGUAAGGAAGCAGGACAAGAAUAAUUUGCCCGCGCAUCAAAAACAUCACAUUUUCCAUCAGAGCUGCAGACUGAAGGCAAGCAAGCGGUAGAAGCCCACAAGCGAAACUGAGACGGAAACAGCUACAACAAGUACCGGUAACCGGCGCAACCUGAAGCUCCUGCUCGGGAACAGAGCAGAAAAAUAGAGGACCCCACGACCACGACUAGAACGACGACUGUUAGUACAACACUGACAAAAUUUUUUUUGGCGCCCAAGAUGAACCACCAACAGAGCCUUCAGCGAGCGAUAGAUCUCGGCAAUAAGGCGUCUGACCUCGACAAUGAGGCUGUUGCGGCGGAUAGAAAAGAGGCUGGCAGCGGCAGAUGGCCGGAAGUUCUCCAGGCCUACCGAGUUGCUCUUGACAAUUGGUGGUUCGUCGUCAAGUACGAACAAAACGCAACCCUGAAAAAACAGUACCAAUACAGAUAGAUUUGCAUUUCUCUGUUUUUAUUCAAAUACUGAGAUUGGAUUGCUUGAUCAAUAUACAUAGUUGUUGUAAAUCAACUAGUAGGAAGAGUAGAAAGUAGGUUAUGUGAAACGGGAAGUUAGUUCUACCACGAGGACCACUUAACAUUUUGAUGGAGUUUCGUUCUUUCAUCCUGCCGAUCCUGAAUAUCCUUUUCCACCUCCUUUAGGCUUACCGAGAGGAUAAAGCAAAUUAUGGAGCGAGCAGAGGCAAUAAAGAAUCUGAUCGAAGCAGACGAGGGUAGAGCUAACGCACCGCCACCUCCGCCAACCGCACCACCAAAAGAUGGUGGCGGGGCAACACUCAGCAAGACUGAUAAAGACAAAGCAGAAGGGGGCGAUGCAGAAGCAGAUAAGCUCAAAAAGAGUCUCGAAGGAGCAAUAGUUACAGGUGUCACUACUUACUGGAACAUCAUCUGCAUAAUCAUUUACAUUUUAUAAUAUUAAGUCAAGACUUGCAAUCGCGAUCGUCUCUCUCGUCCCACCUCCUAGACCGCUGAGUCAUUAGCGUACGUCAUUUUCUGAGAAACAGUAACAAGAGUUGUAACUACAGACCACUCUGAAGACUCCUCGUGAAUCUGAAUCAUCUCCAAUCAUUCAAUAUCAACCUCAAUACUACAGAGAAGCCCAAUGUAAGAUGGAGCGACAUAGCAGGUCUAGAGGGUGCGAAAAAUUUACUGCAGGAGACCGUUAUUUUACCCGUGAAGUUUCCGCAAUUGUUCACCGGAAAAAGAAAACCCUGGAAGGGCAUAUUAUUGUACUAAAUCUUACAUUUGUUUUUGUAGUUCUCAAUCUUACUCCUGCCUGACGACCCUAAUGAUCUUAUAAUUUCUGUUUCUUGUAUUAUAGGUUUUGCGUUUGAAUCAAUUUGGAAUUAAUGGUUGUGGUUCCUUUGUUUUGACAUUGAGAUUCUGCUCGCUGACCAUUCUUAGUUGUACCCACCAAAAACCAAAUCGUUGUCUUCUGUAAGUGUAAGUAUUUCUCGUCAUCCUUUCCUCAGGUACGGCCCACCAGGCACCGGAAAGUCGCACUUAGCGCGAGCGGUCGCAACCGAAGCGGAUAGCACCUUUUUUUCACUUUCAUCGUCUGAUUUAGUUUCUAAAUGGCAGGGCGAGUCAGAAAAGCUUGUGAAAAAUUUGUUUUCAGUUGCAAGGGACUCGACGCCAGCGGUCAUUUUUAUCGACGAAAUAGACAGCAUGUGCGGAAGCCGUGGAGACGGCGAGUCAGAGUCUAGUCGCCGUAUGAAAACGGAGUUCCUUGUGCAAAUGCAGGGCGUUGGCACCGACACAACGGGCGUGUUGAUGCUCGGCGCAACAAACUGCCCGUGGGAUCUGGAUUCCGCGAUUAGAAGGCGGUACUAAUUGUUCUUUAUCUAUGAUUUAUAUUUAGAAGUCACUACGCAUUAACUGAUGUCAUUGUUUUCUAGCCAUGUGACUAUCAACUGUAUUUGUUGUAACAAUCAUGCUGCUGGACGUGUUAAUAUAUGUCAGUUUUGCGAGGACCAACGUUGUUCAAUAAAUUUGUCGUCUUCCUCCACCUAAAGAAACCUCUAGCUACCACACGAACUACCUCUACAGGUUCGAGAAGCGUAUCUAUAUUCCUCUUCCUGACUUGCACGCUCGUCGGGCGAUGGUGGAUAUCGGGAUCGGCGACACGCCAGUUGAGCUGACUGAGGAAGAUAAGAUGCUACUCGCAGAACGGACAGAGGGUUUUUCCGGUGCAGAUGUGGGCACGUUGUGCAAAGACGCCCUUUUCGCUGUGAUAGGGAAGGUCAUGAAAGCAACUCAUUUCAAACGCGCGCACAGGGAUGGCAAGGCAAUGUGGACCCCUUGCAGUCCUAUGGAUCCACAGGGAAUUGCAAUGAAGGUAGAGAACAUUUACAGCAUUAACCUUUUUUCAUUACUAGUUGUUCGUAGUUGAUAACUCUCGUUUCUUACUUCAUUAAUAGCAGCAGCAGUGGAGGAGCAUUUGUUGUAGCUCUUGUUUUUCCACAAUGAUCAUCAAAAUCAUCAGGUAAUGGAUAUUGCGAGUGACGAACUGAUGGAACCUGUUGCCAAUGUUCAGGAUUUUCUCGCUGCUGCUGGAACUACAAAGUCUAGUGUCGGAGCAGACGAGAUAGCCCGGAAUGAAGCAUGGACCGCAGAAUUCGGUCAAGAAGGCAGCUGAGGUCGUCACUGCAUUCCCCGUCCUGAAAAUCUUAUCUGAUCGAAAUUCUAGACUUCAUAAAGGUACCAAAGGUAAACCUGAAAAUUAUUGUGAUUUGUUGACUUAGCGUUAGCUUUAGACUUGUUUGAUUCAACAACGUGAAAUUAAAUAUUAAGUAAGCGGUGAGCGUGAACAACCCGCUUGUACUCUAUCUCCUCCAAGAAAAAUACCUUCAUGUCCUCGCUUUAAGAGCAGUCACUGAUUGGACAGAAGCUGCGCAGUGGCUGCUACUUCCGUUGUAUAGGUAAAAACCUUCAACAUACACAUACUCCCCAUAGUAACACAUGAGCAUACUUCUACACGUAGAACAUGACAUUGGUUUCCCUCGUUUUUCUGGCCAUAUUCGACGCCCCUAAGAAGAUGAAAAAGAAAGAUUGAUCAUGAUAGUUUUCUAGGGAUUCUCAUCCCUCCAUAUUUCCGAAGAGUCCAAUGCGUUGUAAGCUCCCCAAAAUAUCGACAAUCACAAUGGGAAUGAAGAAGAAGAUCUGAAAUACGAAUAUGAGUCCGACAAGGAGGAGGUGACAAAGACAAUCAAGAUCGUGGUGUGGAUCCUGGACAAUCAAGAGUCGUUCCGGCUGCUAUCUGAAUCUGUUGAUGAAAUGGCAAAAAUAUAUUAGACAAAGAUUAAAGCUACAAUAAAUGCAUCUUCAC